AUGAAUGAGAUUGAAUGUUUGGGUUUGAAUUCUGAUGAACUAUACAUGAGAUUGAAUAUGGAUUCAUCUUCAACGCCAAACGUUGUUUCUGACAAUAACAACGACUUCGAAGGCGAAGAAGAACAAGAGUAUCUGACUCCGAACAGUAGAGGCAAACGUAAAGAAUCACCUGAAGCUAGUGGAGCAACGUUCCAGACACAAAAAGCGCCUAGGUAUCUUCCUCCAAGGUCUAAGAUUUGGGGACAUUUCACAAGAACAAAGGAGAAUCGUGACAAAUGUAUAUGUCACUACUGCAACAAGACAUUUUCCUGUGCUACAAGAUCGGGCACAUUCAACUUGAUGAAGCAUCUUAGCAUAUGCAAACACUUCAGGUUGUUUUCAAAGGGUCAAAGCUUUACUCAGCCUGGCAUCACUGAAGAAGGAAAACUGAAGUCUAGAAAGAUAAGUGAAUCUACAUUCAGAGAAGCAACAAAUGAGAUGAUGGUGAUAGCAGAGCUACCAUUGAGUUUCAUUGAAGGUGUUGGUUGGAAACACUUAUGUGACAAGAUGGAACUAGGCAAACUAGUUUCAAGAAGGACUUCAACAAGAGGCAUUGUUAAGAUGUAUCUGCAGAGGAAAGAUGUUAUGAAGAAGUGGUUUAAAGAAAAUAAGCAAAGGGUUUCACUAACAUUUGGGUGGCUCAAUUUGAUCCGUGCUAGCUACAUGGUUGUGAUUGCCCAUUACAUUGAUCCGUGUUGGCGAUUGAAGAAACUUAUCAUUGGGUUCAAACACGUCAGUGAUCACAAAGGAGAUACAAUUUUGAAGGUUUUGUUAGAUUGCUUAGCUGACUGGGGUAUACAGAAGAGUGUCAAUGCUGUCCGUAAUGCUGUGGUCUACGUUCGAGCUUCGGGUAACAGGCUAUCAUCAUUUGAGCAGAAAGUAGACGCUGGUAAACUGACUAGGGGAAGCUUGUCGUUGGAUGUGAGUACUAGGUGGAACUCCACUUAUCUGAUGUUAAUCACAACUAUGAAGUUCAGAGUUGCUUCUGACAAAAUAGAGCAAGAGGAUAAGCUGUACAACUAUUACUUUAUGGAGAUGGAAGUUCCUCCUUAG